GGGGAGGUCUGACGACACUAUCCCAGCAUACCCAGCACCUACUUUAAAUGUACACUCUGAUAAAUGCAAGCAGGCUUUGAUUUCCUGGAGGAACAUCAAGAAAUAUAACCAAGCUGUCACACUGCAAGCCAUGUGUGCAACUUUUCCUGCCAGGACAAAAACUUAAAGGAGGUUUGGAAAUAUAUAGCGUGUGUAUAUUGUCCAUGGCAAAAAUCUGCAUGAACUUUCAUUGCUGGAGGUCCAACUUAAGGAUGGAUGAUAAAUGUUUCAGGCUAACGUUUUCUGAUUCGGCCCCAAAGAUAACAUCUAGUAAAGCAUAGAAGGAGAAGCCAAAGAUACAAGAAAUUUAAUCACCUGCAACACCGCUUCCAGGCUGAUAUGAUGCUGUGGCACCACUACAGCCGUCACCUGCUGUCGCUGGCGGCACUUCUGGUGAUUGUGAGCUGCGGAGGAGGUGAACUACGGAGAGGGACGGACAGCAGCAGCAGUAGCAGCAAUAAUGAAGGAAGUAGUAGUAGUAGUAGUAGUAGUAGUAGUAGCAGCAGCAGCAGCAGCAGUAGACGUUUUCAUAAGAUCCAGCAUGGCCAGUGCACCUACACCUUCAUCCUACCUGAGGGAGAGGGAGCUGGAGGUGGCUCCUGCAGGGAGGCGAAAGCCAGUAGCUCGCAGUACAACGCCAACUCUCUCCAGAGAGACGCUCCGCCACCUGAGCCAGACUUUCCCAGCCAGAAGAUCCAGCAGCUCGAGCACAUUAUGGAGAAUUAUACCCAGUGGCUACAGAAGAUUGAGAACUACAUCAAAGAGAGCAUGAAAACAGAGAUGGUUCAGCUGCAGCAGAGCGCCGUGCACAACCACACCACAGCCAUGUUGGAAAUGGGAACGAACCUCCUCUCUCAGACUGCUGAACAAACGCGCAAGCUCACUGACGUUGAGACUCAGGUUCUGAAUCAAACAUCAAGGCUUGAGAUCCAGCUGCUGGAAAAUUCUCUUUCUACUAACAAGUUGGAGAAGCAAUUAAUGGUCCAGACCAAUGAGAUCAGCAAGCUGCAUGACAAGAACAGCUUCCUGGAGCAGAAGAUGUUAGAGAUGGAGAUGAGACACCGUGAGGCGUUAGAGGUGCUGACACAGGAGAAGGGAAGCCUCCAAGCCCUCGUGGGAAGGCAGAGCGGAGUUAUCAGAGAGCUAGAAGCCCAGCUGAGCCGGGCCACAGGAAACAGCACGGCACUGCAGAGACAGCAGCAGGAGAUGAUGGACACCGUCCACAACCUGCUCAACCUCUGCUCUAAAGAUGGAGUUGUUCCCAACAGUACAAAGGUCGCGGAAGAAGAGAAGUUCCGGGACUGUGCUGACUUGUACCAGGCUGGUUUCCAUAAGAAUGGAGUCUACACCAUCCACAUAAAUUCACAGGAGACCAAAAAGGUGUACUGCAGAAUGGAAACAGCCGGUGGCGGAUGGACGGUCAUCCAGCGCAGAGAAGAUGGCAGCAUCGACUUCCAGAGAACGUGGAAGGAGUACAAGAUGGGUUUUGGGAGUGUGUCUGCGGAGCACUGGUUGGGAAAUGAGUAUGUUUAUCAGCUGACCAACCAGAGGCAGUAUGCCCUCCGUGUAGAAUUGACCGACUGGGACGGACUCCAGGCCUUUUCACUGUAUGAUCGCUUCCAAAUAGGCAGUGAGAAGCAAAACUACAGGCUGUUCCUGAAAAGCCACAGUGGGACUGCGGGCAGACAGAGCAGUCUAGUAAUCCACGGAGCCGAUUUCAGUACCAAGGACAUGGACAAUGACAACUGCAUGUGCAAGUGCGCCCUCAUGCUAACUGGUGGUUGGUGGUUUGAUGCCUGUGGCCCAUCCAACCUCAACGGCAUGUACUUUAACCAAGGACAACACAUAGGGAAGUUGAACGGCAUCAAGUGGCACUACUUUAAGGGUCCCAGCUACUCGCUUCGAGCCACAGCCAUGAUGAUCCGCCCGCUGGACUUCUCCUAGUCUUUUGGCCUUCUGAACUUUCACCUUCCACACAUUAAAGGGAUAUUUCCUAUUUCAUACUCUCGUCUCAUCUCAUUUUUGCUGAACAUGGGAGUCAUCCGGCGUAGCCUUUCCCCCCACAUCGACCUGAAAAAUCCAGCAUGAGGAGGAAGACGGAGCAAGGCGUGAUGCGCCAGAACUGAUUUCUGUUCCCAAGCACCUUCACAAGCUUGACGUUACAAAUGAGGAGGACAUUAUAAAUUUGUCAGCUUGCGGGGAAUAUUCACACAAACGUCCCAGUUCAGUGUGUUGCAAAAAUAUGGAUGACUUGAACAUUUUUGUUAAUAGAAAGCAGCUACCACAGAGCUGCACUGACUCUAAAACUGCAGGACAGAAACGUGGCUUUUUUUUUAAUUAAAAUGUUGCUAACCGAACAUAGACCAUAAGUAUUGUGGCUGUGUUACAUAUUGUGUUGUAUUAUUUUUGUUAUCCUAACUGUACUCAUGAAACUAUCUUUUCUAGUGUACAGUGUAUACUGAAUUUCUGUCUGCAUUAUGUAUACUGUAAGAACAUUUGAGGGUGACCUUGAAAUUCCAGUGAUGAUAUACAGUUGGUUAUAAUUACAAAGGUCGCUUGCAGUUAUUUGCUGGCAAUUAUGCACUUGUUAUUUUGACAGAGUGUGAUUAUUUUUAGAGUUCACCGUGUGAGGUUAUUAUUGGAUUAGAUUCUGGACUGAGAUGUAUUUGCCUUGUGUUUUUGGCUGAGAAGCAACUAAUACACGCCAAAGUUCACAAUAUGAGUGAUCACCUUACCUCUGCUGGCUAUGAAAAACAAGAGACAGACAUUAUACAAGGACAUUAAUUUCAAUGCAUAUGCAACUUUAACAGCUGGAGGAAUAAAACUCACAUUUGCAUCCUUGCUCCAAGUGGUUCUUACAGUACAGAUUUACACUAUAUAUACUGUAUAUAGCAUACAGUACCACAAAGUGAUCAUUUCAUAUUCACAAAGUUGUAAAUGCUUAUAUUAAGCUGGCAUCUCAAGAAAUUUGAGGUACAGGGUAUUUCUGUUUGACCUCUGAACUUUAGACGAAGAGCAGAUCAUUAAGACGAGUUACAUCCAGAAUAUUUUUCACAGACAUCAACAUGACACAUCCACAGAAUGCAGCCAGUUUCUGUUUCUCAUCAAUGCAGCUUAAGCGAAAAAGAAGGAGUCUGGGUUGGAUAUGAAGCAUGAAAUUAAUGAUUCCACCAACUGAUCUGUGCGAACACGCAUUUCAUAACUUCCAGCUUAUAAAAACAGAAUCUACUGUGGAGUAUUUACUAAAGGUACAUGCGGCGAGAAGAUAAAGUGUAUCUGGAACUUGUAAAAUGUCAAUUGACAUGUUUAUUAGCAUACUAAAAUUGUAGAAUUUAAUGGGCGUGCAUGUAAAGCAGCUUUCAUGCUUUUUCUUCUUUUUUUUUUUUCUUUCAGAUUUCACUCUGCCAGAAGUACAGUGGUGUUUUGAAGUUGAGCAUAAAACAUAGAAGUUAAAAUAAUAACCCUGGAAAAAAAAAAAAGUGCCUUUGAUAACUUUGCUUUUACCUCGUUAACUUCUAGAUCUGCAGAUUUAUUUAAACAUCUUUUGUAACAUGUGGUCAGUGUUGUGUUGCUAAGAUUAAAUAAAAGAGCAUGUGAUGCACUAAUGUUUUCAA